AUGGUCCGUCUAAAGAAUCGCUACCUCCUCCUGGACAUCCUCUACCCAGACCCAUCCACAAGACCCAAUAACUCCAAGUCCGCCUCUCCACAACUAUCCAUCCACGCUCCUACACCAGGCACCCUGACCCCGGGCCUGCUGGCGAAGAUGGUGAGGGAGGAAGUAUCUGCUCUCUUCGGGGAUUGGGGGGUGGGCAAACUGGGCGGUGCGAAUGCAGGGGGAAUCAACGACUAUCAAGAACAACCAGAUAAACGAUCGGGCGGGAAACGGGCGUGCGUGUUUCGGGUGCUCAGGGUGUCCGGGACGAUGCGCAAGGCGGAGGAGGAAGCUAUUCGGCGCGCGAGGAAGGAGAUUGUGCGUGUUAGGGGGUUGGAGGAGAGGGAUGUUCUCGGUGAGCUCGUUGGUGGUGCAAUUGGGAAAGACUCUGUGGGGUUUGUCGGAGUUGAUGUUGAUAUUAUGGAUGAGAGUGAGGAUGAGAUGGUGGGUGGGGAUGAGGAUUGA